AUGCGCCUCCCGAGAGCAGCUCUCCUCGUCCCUGUCCUCGCCACCCUCACCGUCGCGACCACCGUUCCCUGUGCGUACUCCUCUUCGGUCGAGUGCGUGUCUGCGCCUCCCCACCAGCUCCUCCUUCCAAGAGACGGCGACCACCACCAUCAUGGCCAACCCCUCACAGAACUGAACGAAACCGAGGUUACCAUGUACCACGACCCGACGCCGCCAUCCUACUACUGGAUCGACCUCGUGGAGACGGGCGAUGAGAAGCGGCAUCCAGGUCUAAUGGCUCUGCACGUGUUGUUCAUGUCCCUCGCGUUCUUCGGUGCCCUCCCAAUAGGCAUCGCCCUGCGUUCGGUCAAGCACGCGUGGCACGGAGCGACUGUCGCGCUCUUCUACACCUUUGUGGUCCUUGGCCUCGCCGCGGGCGGGCUCUACAAAAAAUUAACGCCUGGCAUGUACGAAGGCAGCAAGCAUGGCUCCCACGGCUAUCUCUUCCUCCUCGCUGCCGUCGCCCUUUCCGCCUUCGACGUCGCCGCCAUCGUCCUUCGUGCCGUCAGCUAUCUCGCGUCUGUCCGCCAAGGCGAGGAGCGUUUCGCGUUCAGGACUCUAUGGUCCUACGUCGUCCUCGAUCGUGACCAGCACCUCCCUUCAACCGCAGAUGAGUAUGUCGGGCUCACCGAGGCCGACGAUAUGGACGAUGUUGAACUCAAGGCCCACAAGGCUUCCACCGAUGGGCAAGAUACCCGCCACACGCGUUUCGUCGAGCCAAUCCAGACCGACAUGGACGAGACUGCGCGCUGGGCACACAACGUCCACCGUCACUCGCGCCAGCCCUCAUACCCCCAAUCUGCGGCCUCGGAGCACACUCUGCUUGGCGGGCUGCACUCUCCUCGCCACUCUGACGAGGCGCUUGUUGACUCUAGCCCCGUAUACCCGUGGCAAGGCAAGCGCGGCCGCGCGCUCCUCGCCGUCAUCGGCCGCGCAACGUUCGCGACCCUCGAGCGCUCUCUCGUUUUCGCCGGCCUCAUGCAGACCAUCACCGGUAUUGUGGUCUACACCGGUGGCUGCCGUGGCAGUUACCUCAAUGGAUGCCUUGCCCAUCUCAUCAGGCGCAAUCUUCUGGUGCUAUGGCCUCAUGACGUUCGCCCGCUUCCUCGGCGCCUUCUCCGACCUUGGCUGGGCAUGGAACCGCGCCCCGCGCCACCACGGCAAAUACCCACGGCCGAGUUCGUCGAGUCACUAGUCAUCUUCCUCUACGGUAUCACCAACACCUGGAUGGAGCGCUUCGGCGCGCAUCCGGGCGACCCGUACACGACCAAGCAGAUGCAGCAUAUCUCAAUCGCCGUCAUGUUCUGGUUCGCCGGCCUCGUCGGCCUCGGCAUCGAGUCCAAGCGCAUUCGCCGCUGGCUCUCCGCAGGCGCAACCUCCGCGCUCCCUGCCGCGGUGCGCUCGCAGGAGGCGGUCGCCGAGCCACCGUCGUACAUCGCGUCCUUCAACCCCUUCCCGGCGCUGUGCAUCGGAAUCACCGGUGCGGCGAUGAGCGCGCACGCGCAGGCGUACCUCUUCCAGGUGCAGAUCCACAUGGUCUGGGGCUACCUCCUCACCGGCUUCGCCCUCCUCCGCUGCAUCACGUACGCCUUCCUCUGGCUCGGCCCGCCCCGCUCGAUCCUGCCCUCGCGCCCGCCGACGGAGGCGCUCGCCGCGUUCCUCCUCGCCUGCGGCGGGCUCGAGUUCAUGUUCUCCACCGAGGAGCUCACGAUCGCCGCCAUGCGCCAGGGCCGCGACGACGUGAUGAUGUUCCUCAACGUCGGCGUCGCGAUCACGUGUCUCGCGUUCUGCUGGACGCUCUUCGUCGUCGGCUUCAAGGGCUGGCUCAAGAGCCGCACCCACGGCGCGAUGCAGUUCCACAGCUCCGCGUGA